AUGGGACAAGGCCCUAGCAAAAUUAAAAGGAACUUUACAGCUUGGCGACUGUCAAGAAAAAAAGGCAAUCAAAAACUGAAGACCAAGACGUCAUGCCCAGUGUGUAACCAAGAGUUCGAGAGCUGGAGAACCUAUGAUGACUUUAAUUAUCAUAUUGACUGAUGCUUGAACCAGUCAACUCAAUCUCCACCUCCUGAGCAGAAAUCGUCUCAAAAUUUGAAAUGUAAGCCGCUAGAUAAAAAACUAAAGUGACUGAGAAAACAAAUAGAUACAGUCAGAAUUCCAUGGAGCGAAGAAUUCAUCAAACUAGGAGUCCAGCGAGAUAAUAUUUUCGACGACUCCUUAAGGCAGGUUCUGUCACUUACAGACAGAGAUAUGAGAAAAGAAUUCCAAAUCAGUUUUCAAGGAGAAAUAGCUCAAGAUGCAGGAGGGCUGAUGAGGGAGUGGGUGAAUUUAUUGAUCAAGGUUUUGUUUGCACCUGAUUUGGGACUUUUUGAGUUUACUAAGACUGAAGAAGUAGCUUAUACUAUACCAAUAAAACCUGAAGAGCAUAUGGAAGAACUUUAUUAUUUUACUGGGAAAGUGCUUGGAAAAGCCCUUUUCGAAAACAUCCCUGUUAAUUGUCCACUAUCUAAAGUGAUUUUUAAGCACUUAGUAGGGAAAAAAGUCACAUUUUCAGAUCUAAUAUACCAGGAUCAAGCUUUGCAUAGUUCAUUAAACUAUGUCACUACAAACUCAGUAAAAGGGGUGCUUUUUGAGACAUUUUCAGUAAUAAAAGAAUAUCAAGGCCAAGUAAGUGUCAUCCCCCUCAUUCCUGAUGGAGAAGAUAAAUCUGUGACUGACGGAAAUAAAGAAGAAUAUAUUCGACUACGAUCCCAAUUCGAAAUCGAGACAGGCUUUAAAAUCGCUUUAGAAAAUUUAAAGCUCGGCUUUUACUCUGUGAUUCCAAAAGAAAUCAUAUCUGAGCUCGAACCUGAUGAAAUCGAACUUGCUCUCUGUGGAUCACCAUUUAUUGACAUAGAAGAUUGGAAAGAAUUCACUGAAUAUCGGGGUGCAUUUCAUAAAGACCAUAGAGUGGUACAAAGGUUUUGGGAAAUAAUGAGAACGUUUAGCCAAGAGCAGCUGGCAAACUUUUUGACGUUCGUUACUGGGACAUCUAGGAUCCCUAUAGAAGGGUUCAGUUCCUUAAAAACCUUGAGAGGAGAAAAGGCAAGAUUUACGCUGGACUCUAUGCCAUAUACCGAAAAAGCGCUGCCAAGAGCUCACACGUGCUUCAACAGACUUGAUUUACCACUAUACAAAAGUAAAGAUGAGCUGAAAGAAGCAUUAGAGUGUGUAUUGAAUAAUUAUACGAUUGGUUUUGGCCUGGAAUAA